AUAGACUUCACCUCCAAGGCAAUAACAUUCCGUGAGUGUCUUAUAAAUAUUAGCAUUGCUUUGCCAUCAUCUUCACAGCAACAUUUCAUCCUAUAACAACCUCAAAAACACCUAACGAAAAUACCCAGAAUGGCCGAAAGAGUACUCUUUUAUAUUGCUGGGGAGAUCAUUAAGAAGCUGGGUUCUCGAGCCCUGCAAGAGAUUGGAGUGUGGUGGGGUGUCAAAGAUGAGCUUCAGAAACUCAAAGGCACAGUCUCCAGAAUUCGGGCUGUACUUCUUGAUGCUGAGAAGAAGGCGGCCCUAAACGAACAAGUCAAAGAUUGGCUUGGAGAGCUUCAAGAAAUUGUUUAUGAUGCUGAUGACUUAAUAGAUGACUUUGCCACUGAAGCUUUGCAGCGCCAAGUGAUGACUGGAAAUAGAAUGACAAAGGAGGUAAGCCUUUUCUUUUCUUCUUCGAAUCGGCUUGUUUAUGGUUUUAAUAUGGGUCAUAAAAUUAAGGUGAUUAGGGAGAGACUAGAUGCCUUUGACGAAGAUAGGAAAAAGUAUGGACUUCAACAUGUGGAGCGUCCAGAGGCGUCAUUUUAUAGUAGGGGAAGGAACCAAACUAUCUCAUAUGUAGAUGAGAAACAAGUCAUUGGGAGGGAAAAUGAUAGAAAGGCAAUCAUAGAUCUUUUGUUAGACUCUAAUAUUGCAGAUAAUGUUUCAGUCAUUCCCAUUGUUGGGAUUGGUGGGUUAGGAAAGACCACAUUAGCUCAAUAUGUUUUUAGCGAUGAAAACGUCAAAACUCAUUUUGAGCUGAAGCUGUGGGUUUGUGUCUCUGAAGUCUUUGAUCUAAAAGUAGUAGUAGAAAAGACAUUGAAAUCAAUUGGAAGGGAACCCGGAAACUUUGAAUUGGAUCAAUUGCAAACAAGUCUUCGAGAUGAAAUCAGGGGAAAGAAAUAUUUGUUAGUGUUGGAUGAUGUUUGGAAUGAAGAUCUUCAAAAAUGGACUGAUUUAAAGGCAUUAUUGACGUGUGGUGCAAGAGGAAGUAGGAUCUUAGUGACCACUCGUUCCGAAAUGGUUGCAGCAAUAACUAGUGGCAAAAAGACACAUUAUUCUCUAAAGGGCUUAGAUGUAGAUAAGUCUUGGUCUUUGUUUAAGAAAAUAGUGUUCGAGGGGAAAGAGCCAGAGAGUCCAAAAGUGAAAGAAAUCGGAGAGCAGAUUAUAGAGAAGUAUGUUGGAGUUCCCCUUGCAAUAAAGACAAUUGCAAGUCUUUUAUACUUUAGAGAUCCAGAAAGAGAAUGGUUGCCUUUUUUAGAAAAUGAUCUUUCAAAAAUAGCUCAGAAUGAGAAUGACAUUUUGCCAACCCUUCAAUUGAGUUAUGAUCAUCUGCCAUCACAUUUGAAGCAUUGUUUUGCAUAUUGUGCAUUAUUUCCCAAAGAUUAUGUGAUUGAUGUGAAAACAUUAAUUCAUCUUUGGAUUGCCCAAGGAUUCAUUGAGUCAUCAAAUUCAAGUCUAUGUGAUGAAGACAUUGGGCUACAGUAUUUUACAGAGUUGUGGUGGAGGUCAUUUUUUCAGGAAGUAGAGAGGGAUGAAUUUGGCAAUAUAAAAAGUUGCAAAAUGCAUGAUUUGAUGCAUGACCUUGCAACUUCAGUUGCUGGGAAGAGCAUUUGCAUAAUAAAUUCUAAAGAAAAAAGUGUGGAUAAAAGUAUCCGUCACGUGUCAUUUUACUUCCGGUUAUGUUCAUCCCAACAAAUUCCUGCUGGAUUAAGCAAUGCACUAAAAUUGAGAACGCUUCUUUUUAAUAGUACUGGUGAAAGUAGGUUGUCAAUCUCUAAAGUUAUUGUUCCAAACUUUAGAGAGUUACGGGUGUGUGAUAUGAAUCGGGCAAAGAUUGAAAAAGUGUCCAAUUCCAUAAAUAAACUAAAACAUCUGAGAUAUCUUGAUGUUUCUCAUAAUGAGAAAAUCGUAGCACUUCCAAAUUCUAUUACAAAUCUACAAAAUUUGCAAGUGCUAAAUGUCUCAUGGUGUAGUAGUCUAAAGGAACUGCCUAAAGAUAUUAAAAAACUGAUUAAUCUUAGGCAUUUGUAUUGUGUUGGCUGUUCGAAUUUGACCCAUAUGCCACGUGGGCUUGGGCAAUUGACUUCACUUCGAACGUUGACACGGUUUGUAGUGGCAAAAGAUAAUUCAGUGGCAAAGAAUGUUGGAGGAUUAAAUGAAUUGAAUAGCCUCAACAAUUUGAGAGGAAGUCUUGAAAUUUAUAAUUUGGGAUAUGUGAAAAAUGGGAUAAUAAAUCCUAUUUUGAAAGACAAGUCGCUUCUUCAAUCAUUGUCUUUAUCUUCGGAUCGAGAUGAUGAUGCAAAUGUUGAAAGUGAAGAAAUGGCAUUCCAAAAUCUCGAACCGCAUCCUAAUCUUAAAAAGUUUACUGUGUAUAAGUACACAGGCAGGAGGUUUCCAAGUUGGGUUUCUUCCCUCACAAAUCUUGUCAAUAUUCGGUUAUGGAAUUCCAGAUGUCAGCAUCUCCCACCGCUGGAUCAAUUCCCUUCACUUCAAAUGUUAGAUAUUUGGGGAUUAAAUGAUUUAGAAUACAUAGAAAUUAAGGGACAGGCAACAUCAUUCUUUCCAUCCCUCAAGUUUCUAAGAUUGGGUGCUUGUCGUAAGCUGAUAGGAAUGAAGAGGUAUGAAGAUGACAGUGAUGAUUCAACCACCAUAUCAUCACCAGACCUACUCCAAUUUCCUUGUCUUUCUGAAUUCCACUGUUUUGGUUGCCUUAAUUUGAGUUUGAUCCCUCAGUUUCCAUCUCUCGAUGAAGAAUUAGUAUUGAUGCCAGUGAGCGUGCAACUUGUGCAGCAAAUAUUCACAACAUCAACUUCUUCUUCUUCUUCCUCAAUCGUUCCUCCUCUCUCUAAAUUGAAGAAGCUCAUUAUUUGGGACAUUAAGGAUCUCGAAUUUCUCCCUCCAGAUGGACUGCACAAUCUCACUUCUCUUCAACAAUUAGAGAUUAAGAGGUGCCCAAGAUUAACAUCUCUGCCUCAAGAGAUGCUUUCCCUCACCUCUUUACGAGAAUUGACAAUUAGUGGUUGUCCCCUGUUGAGCAAAAGAUGUGCAGAUAAAAAGGGUGAGGAUUGGCCUUUUAUUUCUCACAUCCCAAAUGUUCAAGUUGAUUGCAAAAGAAUUCAAUGGGAGGGCUGCUAUCUACUAGAGGACGAAGAAAAAUCUUCUACCACAUCUGAAAAUUGAAAUGAUAAGUUAUGAAGAUUAAUUGCUGCCUCCUUCUUGAAAAACGUGUAUGAAGUUCUGGAGGGGAACUUCUAACUCAUUGACUCUAUCGGCAGUGGACAGCAGUAAAAACACAAGAAAUACAAUUAAGUUGCAGAAGGAAUGCUGGUUAUAGAACAAGACAAGAUAUGAGAAACUCCGGAGCUGCAAUUACAACCUCGCCGCUAUUCCAAAUGUGUUAGAAGCGGAAAAUAUUUAGUGAAUCUCUGUGGAAGUGUUCUGGUUGCAACUUUGGUUUAUGCAAUACGCAUUGGCAGGAGGUUCCGUGGUUAACUUUCUUCCCUCACAAAUCUUCAGCAGUUAACCAUUUUGGGAAUAGAGUCUUUGCCUUGACAGAUGUGUGGAGAAUCAAUUUUGACAGUUGGGUUUUCUUCUUAAUCAAACUUCCGGUGCAUGCUUUCCUCUUUUACCCCUUACCCUCUUUGAGAUCAAAUGCCUGUUACAAAUUUUCCUGCAACUAAGAUUGCAACAGAAAAAUAACCAAGGAUGAUUUUUGUGUCAGACUCAUCAAUUAUUGAGCAAUUUGGUGAUUGUUACUGCAGUGCUUCUCACAUUCAUCUUAAAUAUUGCAAAGAGUUCUAACUGUAUACAUAACCUGCAGUCACUUAUAGACACUGGAAAUGGGAGAUCAAGGACAGAUUAUAUUCCCAUAGUUUCUUGGACCAGAAAUAUGAGUGAUUUGAGAAUGUUUUCAUCACAAAAAUGAAAUCAGUGUACAUCUUUUGUCCUUGUGUACCUCAAAGCUUCCUGCCUCUAAUUCAUUUCAUCGGUACAUGGAAUUCCUCUUCGUCAAUGUUACUAUUAAUUUUAAGAUUCA